AUGAGGGGGCCCCGGGGCGAGGGGGGCGCGCCCCCGCUGUGCCCGCGCCUCAACCACUCGUACCCGGGCCUGUACCCGGGCCUGUGGGCGGCCGAGCGCUCCGCCGCGGCGCGGGCCAACGCGACGGGGCCGCGGGCCGCCGGCCAGGACUGCGGCUCGGUGUCGGUGGCCUUCCCCAUCACCAUGCUGCUCACCGGCUUCGUGGGCAACGCGCUGGCCAUGCUGCUCGUGUCGCGGAGCUACCGGCGGCGGGAGAGCCGGCGGCGGCAGUCGUUCCUGCUGUGCAUCGGCUGGCUGGCGCUCACCGACCUGGCGGGGCAGCUGCUCACCAGCCCCGUGGUCAUCGCCGUGUACCUGUCGCAGCGGCGCUGGGAGCACCUGGACCCGUCGGGCCGCCUGUGCACCUUCUUCGGCCUCUCCAUGACGGCCUUCGGGCUGUCCUCGCUGCUGGUCGCCAGCGCCAUGGCCGUCGAGCGGGCGCUGGCCAUCCGCGCGCCGCACUGGUACGCGAGCCACCUGCAGACGCGCGCCACCCGCGCCCUGCUGCUCGGCGUGUGGCUGGCGGCGCUCGGCUUCGCGCUGCUGCCCGUGCUGGGCGUCGGCCGCUACGCCGUGCAGUGGCCCGGCACCUGGUGCUUCAUCAGCACGGGCGGCGCGGGCAACGGCACGGGCGCCCCGCGCGACCGCGGCGGCCUCUUCUUCGCCUCCGCCUUCGCCUUCCUGGGGCUGGCGGCGCUGGCCGUCACCUUCGCCUGCAACCUGGCCACCAUCAAGGCGCUCGUGUCGCGCUGCCGCGCCAAGGCCUCGGCGGCGCAGUCGGGCGCGCAGUGGGGCCGCAUCACCACCGAGACGGCCAUCCAGCUCACGGGGAUCCUGUGCGUGCUGUCGGUGUGCUGGACGCCGCUGCUGAUAAUGAUGUUGAAAAUGAUCUUCAAUCAGACAUCAGUCGAGCACUGCAAGACUCACACCGAAAAGCUGAAAGAAUGCAACUUCUUCUUAAUAGCUGUUCGCCUGGCUUCACUGAACCAGAUCUUGGAUCCCUGGGUUUAUCUGCUGCUAAGAAAGAUCCUUCUUCGAAAGUUUUGUCAGCUGAGAAAAAGAGGGAUCAGAGAGCAGGCAAAGUAAAAGAAGGAUGAAAAACAGGGCCAUCUGAAUGCAGACCUCCUGACCUUCUGCCAAUUGUACCGUGUGCCAUACUUCCCUUCACCACAAGCAUGUGAGGGAACCCUCCCAAGGCAAGAAAACGACGUUAUACUCUAGCGGCAGCAGUGACAACAAAUAUUAGUUUCCCCAAAUAUUAGUUUCUUAAAACCACAAAAGCUCUUAUGCCCCCUCCCCCUUAGCCUGCCUGUUGAAAGUUGGGGGAGGAGACUCAGCAGCAGGCCACCCUCAUCAGAGACUCGGGCUACCCUAGGGCUUCCAACAGGGCUGGAGCCUGCAGCAGGGAAGGGAGCUCCCUGGAGCAGCACCCACCCACUUCCAGAGCAAGGGGUACUCGGGGCCCACUGAAGGGGUGAGGGAGAGGAUCCUGCCACGUGUGAGAUAAAGGAGAAAUGGAAGGUACUAGAGCAGCACUACUAUGCACCCCAGAACAUCAGCAGUUAAGAGUAGAAUAAAAAUGAAGAAAUUAAUGGCA